AUGAGAACACUAGAACAUUAUAACUUCCUUAAUGGUCCUUAUGGGUACUCCGUUGGGAACAGCAUGCCGUGGGAGAAGGUGGAAACAGUAUAUUCCGAAUUCGAGUCAGAAGGAUUAUUACCGUGGUUACCGGAUGAAGCACCGAAUGAAAAGAUAAGGAGGAAACCCAAAGGAUUUCUUAGUGUAUUGAAGCAUACUAUAAUUGCGAAUAAAAUAUGGAUGUCCUUUACUGUGGCCACUGUUGUUUACUGCAUAAUAAUGUUGGGUGUCUACAUUGCUUUGAGUGACACAACAUUUAUUGUUACAUCCCUGGCACUACUUGCGGGGGGAAUAGGAAUUAUGCUGCAGAUUCUACUAUUGCGGUUGUACAGCAGAAGAACCAAAUCAAAAAUGUUAGAUAAAAUUUGGAGAUGCAGAAUUUUCUCAAGGGGAAACCGCAAACAGAAAUGA